AUGGCGGACCUCGAGCAUUUCGACCUCCUCCCCCUGCACAUGGACCCCCAGUCCAAAGCCAUCUCCUCGGCGCGGCCGUCGCGCACACUGGACGCGGAGCUCGAGCAGCUCAACACGCUGCAUCGGGCGAUCCUUUCGCUCGACCACCCGGCGACCGUGCCGCCGCCGCCCAUCCCUGUCAACCCCAAGCGCAGCGGCAACAUCAGCAAGCUGCGGGACAACGGCAACACCGAGUACCGCAAGCAGAAAUACCCCGAGGCGGUGCGCCUGUACACGCUCGGCAUCCAGAUGGCGCUGACGCGGCCCAUGUGGGAGCCCGCGGCGCUGGUGCGCGAGGAGGUGUCAGGCCUCCUCGCCAACCGCGCGCAGGCGCAUAUGGCGAUGCAGAACUGGCCCGAGGGCGCCGUCGACGCCGAGGCUAGCGUCGAGGCGCGGCGCGUGGGCAACGCCAAGGGCUGGUGGAGGAGGGGCCGCUGCCUCGUCGAGAUGGGCAGGCUGGACGAGGCGAGGGAGUGGGUUAAGAGCGGCCUUGAGGUCGAGGGCGAGGAGGCCGAGCUCGUGGGCCUGCUCAAGGAGAUUGACGGGUUGAUUGAGAAGAAGAAGCGGUCGCUGUAA